UAGGCUCAUCUUUUCACCAACUAUCUUCCGUUCACACUCGCAGAGACACAACACAACACAAACACAUCAUUUUCUUCUUCCCGUUGACUAGAUAAAAAUCUUUUCUUAUUUUUCCUCUGUUUCACCAACCCAAAUCUACACAUCAUCCACUAUUGUGUCACAUACAUGUCCUCAGACUAUACUAUAAAAAGAAAGAAAGACACAUUAACUUCAAAUCAAGACAAGAGAGACAUUCAAACAUGGAUUACGAUCCAGCUCAAGCGAUGAGCAGAGGAGGAAGCAUGCGAAGAAGCAUAAACCGCAGCGUAAGCAGAGCUAGCAGUAACCUCGAGGACAUAUUCUCAUCAAGCUCUAGACGAACCAAGUCAGUCAACGAAGACGAAGAAGCUCUCAAAUGGGCAGCCAUCGAGAAACUCCCUACCUACAGCCGCCUCCGAACCAGCCUCAUGCCCGCGCUAGGAAAAGACGACAUCUACAGUAACCAAAUCUUAAACAAAGAAGUUGACGUCACUAAACUCGACGGUGAUGAUCGGCAAAAGUUCAUCGACAUGGUCUUCAAAGUCGCGGAGCAGGACAACGAAAGGAUCUUGACAAAGCUGAGGAACAGGAUCAACAGAGUUGGGAUCAAGCUUCCGACGGUGGAAGUCAAGUACGAGCAUCUGACUGUGAAAGCUGACUGUUACACGGGUAAUAGAUCUCUUCCUUCGCUUUUAAACUCGGUGAGGAACAUGGGAGAGUCUGUUCUUGGCAUGGUCGGAAUCCAGUUCGCUAAAAAAGCGCAGCUAACUAUACUCAAAGAUGUCUCUGGGAUCAUCAAACCUUCGAGGAUGACGCUUCUGUUGGGUCCUCCUUCCUCGGGGAAGACAACGCUUUUGUUGGCUCUUGCUGGUAAACUCGACAAGUCUCUUGACAUCUCUGGGGAUGUGACUUAUAAUGGUUACCGUCUCAACGAGUUUGUUCCUAUCAAAACCUCUGCUUACAUUAGUCAGAACGAUCUUCAUGUCGGUAUCAUGACUGUUAAGGAGACUCUUGAUUUCUCUGCUCGGUGUCAAGGCAUUGGUACACGUUACGAUCUUCUAAACGAGCUGGCUAGGAGAGAAAAGGACGCAGGGAUUUUUCCAGAAGCUGAUGUUGAUUUGUUCAUGAAGGCCUCUGCUGCUCAAGGUGUCAAGAGUAGUAUCAUCACUGACUACACUCUCAAAAUUCUAGGGCUUGACAUUUGCAAGGACACUAUAGUCGGAGAUGACAUGAUGAGAGGUAUCUCAGGAGGUCAGAAGAAGCGUGUGACAACCGGCGAGAUGAUCGUCGGGCCAACUAAAACUCUGUUCAUGGAUGAAAUAUCCACUGGUCUUGACAGCUCCACCACUUUCCAAAUAGUGAAAUGUCUGCAACAGAUCGUUCACCUCAAUGAAGCUACCGUGGUCAUUUCUCUUCUCCAGCCUGCUCCUGAGACGUUUGAUCUUUUUGAUGAUAUAAUACUAUUGUCAGAGGGACAGAUUGUGUACCAGGGAGCUAGAGACCAAAUUCUUGAGUUCUUUGAGAGCUUUGGCUUCAAGUGUCCUGAAAGAAAAGGAACAGCUGAUUUCUUGCAAGAGGUUACCUCUAAGAAGGACCAAGAGCAGUACUGGGUGGAUGAAAGAAGACCUUACCGAUACAUCCCAGUGCAUGAAUUCGCCACCAAAUUCAAAAACUUCCAUGUUGGAACCAAGCUAUCCCACGAGUUAUCAGUACCCUUCGAAAAAUCCAAAGGCCACAAAGCAGCUCUAGUGUUUGACAAGUACUCAGUGAAGAAAACAGAGCUUCUCAAAAGCUGCUGGGACAAAGAGUGGAUGCUCAUGAAGCGAAACUCCUUCUUCUACGUCUUCAAAACCGUCCAAAUCAUCAUCAUCGCAGCGAUCACCUCAACAGUUUUCCUCAGAACUGAAAUGAACACUAGGAACGAGAGCGACGCCAACAUGUACGUAAGCGCACUCCUGUUCGGAAUGAUUGUCAACAUGUUCAACGGUCUUGCGGAGAUGGCCAUGACGAUACAGAGACUUCCCGUGUUCUACAAGCAAAGAGAUCUUUUGUUUCAUCCACCUUGGACGUACACGCUUCCUACUUUCUUGCUAGGGAUACCGAUCUCAAUCUUCGAGACUACUGCGUGGAUGGGCGUGACGUAUUACUCUAUAGGCUUUGCGCCUGAAGCAGACCGGUUCUUUAAACAGUUCUUGGUCGUGUUUCUGAUCCAACAGAUGGCUGCAGGGAUAUUCAGGCUUAUUGCUUCUAUUUGUAGAACCAUGACCAUAGCUAAUACUGGUGGUAUGCUGGUUCUACUAGUUGUGUUCUUAACCGGUGGUUUUCUUCUUCCACGACGUGAGAUCCCGGUUUGGUGGAGGUGGGCCUUUUGGGCCUCCCCUCUUUCAUAUGCUUUCAGUGCCAUCAGCAACACUGAACUGCUUGCUCCAAGAUGGAUGAAUAAAAUGUCUUCCGACAACACUACAAGGUUGGGGAGAGCAGUGCUUAACAUCUGGGAUGUGUUUGAUGACAAGAACUGGUAUUGGGUAGGAGUUGGAGCCCUGCUUGCUUUUGCUGUCCUGUUCAACUGUCUUUUUACUCUAGCACUUACUUAUCUAGACGCCCUUGGGAAGCCACAAGCUAUACUCCCAAAAGAAGAAGACCAUGAUGGAUCCAAGAAGGAAAUUCCAAUGGAGAAUAUGAACACCAAGAAAGGAAUGGUUCUUCCUUUCACUCCUCUAGCUCUGUCCUUUGACGAUGUUAAAUACUUUGUUGACAUGCCUGCGGAGAUGAGGGACCAAGGAGUUCAAGAAACUAGACUACAACUACUAAAAGGAGUCACAAGCACGUUUAGGCCAGGAGUGUUGACGGCUUUGAUGGGGGUGAGCGGUGCAGGCAAGACAACAUUGAUGGACGUUUUGGCAGGGAGAAAAACAGGAGGAUACAUAGAAGGAGACAUAAGAGUGUCUGGAUUCCCAAAGAAACAAGAGACAUUCGCUAGAAUCUCUGGCUACUGUGAACAAACAGACAUUCAUUCUCCACAAGUUACCGUAAGAGAAUCACUUAUCUUCUCUGCUUUCCUUCGCCUUGAUAAGGAAGUAAGCAAAGACGAGAAAAUGAUGUUUGUGGAUCAAGUGAUGGAACUUGUGGAGUUGGUGGACUUGAGAGACGCUAUUGUGGGUUUACCUGGAGUCACAGGACUCUCCACUGAACAGAGAAAGAGACUAACCAUCGCUGUUGAGCUUGUGGCCAACCCUUCAAUCAUUUUUAUGGACGAGCCUACUUCAGGGUUGGAUGCUAGAGCGGCUGCUAUUGUGAUGAGAGCUGUGAGAAACACAGUGGACACAGGGAGAACUGUGGUGUGCACCAUCCACCAACCUAGCAUUGAUAUUUUUGAGGCUUUUGAUGAGUUACUACUAAUGAAGAGAGGAGGACAAGUGAUAUACUCAGGUCCCUUGGGUAGAAACUCUCACAAGAUUGUUGAGUACUUUGAAGCCAUUCCAGGAGUUCCAAAGAUUCCGGAAAAGUACAACCCGGCCACUUGGAUGCUUGAAGCUAGCUCCCUAGCAGCCGAGUUGAAGCUUGGAGUUGACUUUGCUGAGCUAUACAACUCUUCUUCUUUAUGCCAACGAAAUAAGCAGCUGGUACAAGAACUUAGCGUGCCUCCACAAGGAGCAUCUGAUCUCUACUUUGCCACACAGUUCUCACAGAACACAUGGGGACAAUACAAGUCAUGUCUAUGGAAGCAAUGGUGGACAUACUGGAGAUCUCCUGACUACAACGUUGUCCGGUUCAUCUUCACCUUAGCAACAUCUCUAUUGAUCGGUACUAUCUUUUGGCAAAUAGGAGGUAAGAAAUCAAACGUACAAGACCUAACAAUGGUGUUAGGAGCAAUCUACGCAGCAGUUAUAUUCGUUGGAGUAAACAACUGUUCCACGGUGCAACCAAUGGUGGCAGUGGAACGUACCGUGUUCUACAGAGAAAAAGCAGCAGGGAUGUACUCAGCUAUACCUUACGCCAUCUCUCAGGUGACAUGUGAGCUACCAUAUGUAUUGGUUCAGACCAUAUACUAUUCUCUUAUCGUCUACGUAUUGGUUGGAUUCGAGUGGAAAGCUUCAAAGUUCUUGUGGUUCCUCUUCAUCAACUACUUCUCAUUCCUCUACUGGACUUACUAUGGCAUGAUGACUGUCUCACUCACACCUAACCAGCAAGUUGCUUCUAUCUUUGCAUCAGCCUUUUAUGGUAUUUUUAACCUUUUCUCUGGCUUCUUCAUUCCGAGACCCAAGAUUCCUAAAUGGUGGAUAUGGUACUACUGGAUCUGCCCUGUUGCUUGGACUGUAUACGGUUUGAUCACUUCUCAGUAUGGUGAUGUUGACACUCCCAUUGCUCUUCCUGGUGGUCCUCCUGGGCUAACUGUGAAACAGUAUCUUAAAGACCAAUAUGGUUUUGAGUCAAGCUUCCUGGGACCUGUUGCAGCUGUCCUAGUUGCCUUCCCUGUCUUCUUUGCCUUCAUCUUCGCCUUUUGCAUUAAGACUCUCAACUUCCAGACUAGAUAAAAAAAAUCACCUUCUUUGUAUAUUUAUUUUCUUAUUGAGAAACGUUAGUAUAACUCUUUUCUUCCUUAUUAUUGUAUUUUCUUAUAAAUGUGAUAUUAAGAAAUUUGCAAUUAUAUAAGUAUAUGUUCAUGAUC